AUGAAUGUCCGGUUUUUCUCAAAAAGAGACGGGAACAAUAAGAGUAGUGACGCCGCUGACCUUGUGAAAGGUGAACAGAGCUUUCUCAAAUUGUGAAUUCCAUAUUUCAAACCAAAAUGCACUGUUCAUUUGCCCACUCUGUAAAAAACGUUUUGAAUAAUCAAGGACGUUCUGGCAAAGGCCUAAAUUAACGAGUGCCAGAGGCAAACCGAACUUCAAAAUUUUCUCAGUAACCUAGAAGCCAAUGAGGACUUGGGGACAAAAGUAAAGGGCUGUAAAAUUUAGCCUCAACCAGUUUAUAACAAAAUCAUCAUCAAUUUAUCCUUGCCAUGAGACAGAAUACAAAUGUAGUCUAUUCCUAAACUCGAACCAUCUCUUUCAGUUCCUAUCAUUCGUAAUAAGAACGGAAGCGAGAUAAAAGUCAUCGAGGUGACCAGCGGGAAGGAUAUUAAACUCACUUGCCAGAUCAGAACUGCUGAUCAGAACUCAAAACUAAGUUAUUACUGGCUCAGAGACAAUGAGACGCUCAUUACAUCGAAUCAUCAACGUAUGAGGUUAAAACUCUACAGAUACCUAAAGGUAAAAAGAGCCCAGAAAGAGGACGCCGGCUUCUACACCUGUGUCGCGGUAAAUGACUGUGGCAAGAAUCGUUUUACAAUGCAACUAUUUGUCGGAAGUAAGUAAAACAUUUGCGACCCUCUAAAGUUUUUAAAACUAUAGCCACGCGCGUAAUUUAUAGUGAGAUCCUGAGAGGUUAAGCUGGAAAGUUCUUUUAUGCUCUCUGUGUGCGAAAAAGGAGGUGAUUUCAGUUUGUGUUGAAGUUGCUGAAGUGAGGAAUUGAGGCGGGUAAUGAAGGUAAUUACUCCUUGCCAUCACUACGGACGUUUCUUACAAACGAAGGUACAAUGUUUUCUUUACCAUUAACCUUUUACACCCUAAGAUCAGUAUGCAUAUUCUCAAUACUGUUUUCGAUACAUAUCCUAAGGUGCUGACAAGGAGAAUUUGUUUAACAAUCAAGAGCUCCUGUACUUGUUGAUCAUUUCCAGUAUUCUCAUGACCUUAAUGUUUGAUUUAGGGGUUAUACUAUGAGGAGAAAUUAGAUGCCAGUCACUCUUGGGGGUUAAAGGGAUAAAGUAAUGAGCUAAGGAGAGCUAGAAACUAACAAUACCGCUAGGGCAUGGGAAGGGAGAUUCAGGGGGAUGUAAUCACAGAUAACUUGCAUUACGAAAGAGCUGUCCACGGAGAGAAAUCCUUGGUUUUUUUUUCUUUAAGGUCCAACAAUGGAUCCGAACAAAAAUACAACAGGAGGUAAGACAGGUGUUCUUGCAUUUCUUAUCAGAGUAAGAAAAAAAUGAAAGAUGAAUAUAGAAGUAGUUCAACUGAUGCAGGGGCCAAUUUUGGCUUUUUUUUUUAAUAGAGAAGUCGAUUCUGUCACAAGAGGUAGACCGAUAUUGAAAAAAAUUGACGUGGGGUUCAAGUCUAUUAUCCACAAUUCCCAUUAAAUGAACCUUUCUGGUUGAGAUAUUAUAAAAUCCAGUUGCAAAAUAAUAACAAUGUGGCUGUCGUAUUUGUAAUCCUGUAGAUUUCGUGAGUGUUUCACUUUUUCUGCGUCCAACGUUAACACGGGAACAGAAAUGGCUUAAACCCUUCCACUCUCAAGAUCGGAUUGUCAAUUCUCCCUCUAGGUGCUACACAUUUCCUUGUAAAUUAGGUACGAGAAUUUGGUGUUAGAUCAAGAAAACAACCCUGUAACUGAUAAAUUUGAGUAUUCUCAUUACAUGUUUGCUAGAUAAUAAUGUUAUGGGAAGAAGAUACAUUUUAAUCACUAUGAAUUAAAGGGUUGAAAGGUAACGCUUCAAAGGGACGAACAAAAUUGAAUCAACUUAUGUCAGCUCUCCCUCUCGAAGCUUUAUUCUCAAUGCACGAAUUUUUUGCCGACACCUGAAUUUAUUUAGAUGCAGUUUAAGUAGGAUACAUUAUACUUGGCGGAUAAAUAACACCUUCAGCCAUAUGAAAGGUCUAAAUUUGUGACACCAUUCUAUGCCUCAGGUCAGAAAUAAAGCGAGACUUUCCGCUUUAAAAUUCUUUAUUGAGUGGGAGAUAGUUCAAUGCACGCACUGGCUGAAAAUGUUGAAAAGCGAGUUUGCCUCAAUUGUGGUUAUUCUGUAUAUCGCAGUUGCUCCAAAAUUUACGGUGAAGGGCAACAAGAUGAUUCGCAACCUUCUUGCAGUACCUGUUGGCAACUCUGUAAAGCUGGACUGUUCUGCCGAUGGAAACCCUCGUCCUACCGUGAAAUGGUACAAAAACGGAAAAUUGUUUAAGGAAAGGAAAGGUGGCAACAAAUUGUAUUUGAGUCCAUGGACAACCGAAUUGAGUCUGAAGGACUUGGUUCCCUCUGACACUGGGUCAUACUUGUGUAAUGUGAGCAACUUAUACGGGUGGAUUAAUCAUACAUACAAAGUAGACGUUCAUGGUAAGGACAAAAAUAAUGGUAAAAGAAUUCUUAGUCCUCUCUUAAGUUUUGCUAUUAAAUGCUUUUUAUUCUCGGAAGAUCCCAUCAUCCGAAGUAGUUGUACAUUUUCGAUCCCUUCCCUUAAAAAGAAAGAGUCGGUCAAUCAUUCUAUCAGUAAAUUUGCAGCUUAGUUAUUCAAUCAUCAUGUCUCUCUGUCUUAAACAGUUAGUCUGUCGGUCGUUCAAUUAGUGGCUGUUAGUCUUGGUAGUUUAGCCGGUUCGUCAUUCAGCCAGAUAGUUAGCUUUAUAACCAUAUGCGUCUGUCAGUUCGUUGAUAGCCGUGAGUUCAGCUAGCGAAUCACAACAACUACAAGUUAAGACUACCCCCUAAAAAUGUCCUUGAUAAAUUCCUAAGCAUGAAUUAAUGAAUUAAAGGGGCACCAUUACCCCGCUAUUUCUAAAAAGCUAAAAAUGUCAAGGAGUCAUAAUUACUUAAAGCGACUCAGAGGCAAAUAGCAGUGCAAACCAAAAUGUUUUUCAUAAAGACAUAUUGUGCAUUGUGAAGAGAAAGGCAGUUUUAAUCUGCUCAAUGACUGAAUUAUAGAUAUUUAGGUGACCGAAACCCUUUAUUGAGGUAACAUUACCUUUGUGAGCCAGUCAUUGUUCGUCCGUUGGGUGAGCAACCUCGUAAUAACUUUCCUAUGUGUACUGUGUAUAUCCAACAUUUUAUUGAACCCUGUGUUUCAGAACGAGCUCGUGCUGAACCAGUAGUCCUUCCUAUGGAAAACGUCACGGUCUAUCGAGGAGAAAAUGCCAGCUUAACAUGCAAAGCAUUAAGUGAUUCCAUGCCUCAUUUCCAGUGGCUAAGGUGGUUUCCCACGCCUUUCAAUAAUUCGACCAACGGUUCAAUUGAAAGUCCACACUACGAAAUCGUGAAUAAGGAAGAAACAGACCAACAUGUAAUCAUGCCUGCAGGUGGCAAAAAGUUUGAUUUCCACGGAGUGAAGUUGACUUUGGUAAAUGUUACAAAGAAGGACGUGGGCAAGUACACUUGCAUUGUGGGUAAUGCUGUCGGCUACGCAGUCGAACAUGCUUUCAUUUCCGUUCGCGAUUGGCCAGGUGAGAUAGUUAUGAUGAUGGUGAUUUAAUGAAUAAUUUGAAUAGUUUAAUAAAUAAUUAUGAUGAAAAUUUUUGGUUUUUAAGUAAUAGAUCAAUCUGAAUAAAUAAAGGUUAAAGAGGGAAUACACAGAGGGACGCGUGAAGUAUCUUAAGCGCGAACAAGUGAACGAACCAGCCGAUCAAUGCUCGAAGGAUCGAGUGGACGAAUUAACCAUUAAUUAAUGAAAUAAUACUCUUUUAUUUUUUUCUUCAGAGCUAACAACUUCGUCACGGCCUAACACGAUCAACGCCGUAAACAUCACCUCUUUUCCCCCCAACCGGAAUGUGGAGGCACAAAUAGUGAAAGCUGAUUUGCCACAAUCAAAAAAGAAUAUGUACAUUAUAGUGUUUACCAUCUCAUUCAUGGUUUUGGUGUGUUUUGCAUUGGGGUUCUUUGUCUGCCAUCGCAAGCUUAAGUUCUAUAAAAGCGCUGAUUAUGGUAUGGUUUCCCCUGAUAAACCUAACGAACUUGUUGUCCAGUUUAGGACACAUGCGCCAUCGGUCGGUUCCUCUUCGUCUUACGGGUCUACGGUUCCAUUAUUACGUCAGAACAGUUUGCGCCUUCGAUUGGGUUCUAAUUUGACACAAGUGUCAGAAGUGGAAAUGCCAUUGGACCAAAAAUGGGAAAUUGAUAGGGAGCAGAUCGUGUUGUUGGGGCUUCUUGGAGAAGGAGCUUUUGGUAAAGUCAUGAAGGCUGAAGCGCUUGGAUUACCCAAUAUGCCCUACAGAUUCGAGGUUGCUGUGAAAAUGUUGAAAGGUGGGUUUGAUUUUCUUGUGUAUCUGAAUAAUACCUCCCUCAAGGUCUGAAUGCGUCACUGAGGCUGCCCGAGUUUCGUUAUUGUCAAAAAUAGACUUGUAUGUGAUUGCUGAAUUGAAGAACUUCACCGACUUAAAAUUUUUACGCUCACCGAAAAAUAUCUUAACAUUCACAAUUCUUAUUAACGUUAUCUCACCCCUUUUAAUUGAAACGGUCAAUCCUGUCAUUUAUUUCAGAGGAUGCCACUGAACACGAACUUGCAGAUCUUGUAUCAGAGAUGGAGGUGAUGAAAACUAUUGGAAAACACAAGAAUAUUAUCAAUUUAAUCGGAGCCUGCACACAGGGAGGUUAGUUGAUUACUACACACCACGGAAAAACGUUUUUUCUCCUCUCGUUGGUAGGGAUGUUAAACUAAACCAUGAUUCUACUAUUAUACUCUUCAUUCUCAGGUCCGCUGUUUGUUGUAGUGGAGUACGCGCCAAAUGGUAACCUAAGACAAUUCUUAAAAGAUAGGAGACCGACCAGGGAAUACACGACCACCCUAACCCUCAAAGACUUAGUCUCUUUUGCCUAUCAAAUUGUGAGAGGAAUGGAAUAUCUUUCUUCAAAGAAGGUUAGUGUUUUGUAUAUCAUCCAUCUUCAUUUCUGAAAAGGAACAAAUCUAGCUGAGAGAAUAACCCAAAUGAUUUCAGGGGAUGUAAUCGAGUUUUAAUUUCAUGAUAUCAUGGAGUUUUAAUUUACACAAUGAAAGAAAGUAAAGCCGUCAACUUCUUUUCAAAGGCUGUUAGGAGAAGGAAUUGAAACCUGGCGAUUAGCAGGGUGGAAUCCCAUUUAAUCCUCUGACACUAACUUGUAAAGCCACCCUUCCCUAAACACUCUUAGCUUGUUGGAGGAGAUUUGGUGGUGGUCUCUGAGUUGUUAACUGUUUCUGUCUAAUUCUCAGUGCAUUCAUCGUGAUCUCGCGGCAAGGAAUAUUUUGGUUGGAGAGGAUAACACAAUGAAGAUCGCAGAUUUUGGACUUGCAAGAGAUGUUCAUCAAAUCGAUUACUACAGGAAAACAACAGAUGUAAGCUAUAAUAGAUUCUUAGUUUUGUUAUACACUAGUGAGAGGACCGAGUGGAGUUCCAUUCGGUCUGUAGUCAUACGACUGACUUCACGAAAGUGUGUGUAUUUUUCCGAAAAUAUAUCAUUCAAAAAUAUGAUUACAGACGCAACUUGAACAAGAAAGAAAAAAGGGAAUCAUGGGUUAAGUAAUUGAAAGAGUCUGAAAGAGUCUGAUUCUGUUAGUUGGAAUACGAUAGAAAAUAAAUCCAUUAGUCUUAAGACCCGUCCACUUUCUCGUUUGAACUGUCCUUUUUGAAUGACGACACGAUCUGUUAUCUCACCCGCCAUUGCCCUCUCAAUCCAGUGAAUUAUUAGAUUGCAGUGUUCAAAUCUUAAGAUACUACUCUGUGUCACAAAUUUUUUUUGUCUUGAUCAUUAGGGUCGCCUUCCAGUGAAGUGGAUGGCAAUCGAAGCUCUCUUUGAUCGGGUCUACACAACGCAGAGUGAUGUGUAAGUAGUUUUUUUUCUCUCAUGCGGAGUGAAGAUGGUGAAAGACAUCACUACACAAAAUGAACAAAUGAAAUCUUAUCUUUUAGAACCAUUCGAAGUACUCUGCAUACAAAAAAGAAAAGUAAUUAUGAUAACAUUGAUAGUGGAGAUAGAAGUGAUAAUGAUGAUGAUGAUGAUAGGGGUGAAAAUAAUAGUAAUCUUAAGAUUAAAAAUGAUAUUAAUAAUAAUGAUGAUUAUAAUAAUAAUAUUGCUGAUAAUAGUACUAUGUCAAUUCUCUACCUCUUGCAGGUGGGCGUUUGGCAUACUCUUGUGGGAAAUAGUUACUUUCGGUAAGUAAAUUAAAUUAUUUUUCAUUAACAUGGAGUGUUUUUUUGAAAGGGAAUAAGGAAAGGCGAUGUGAAAGGUAAAUCAGUCAACGCCGAGUUUAUGAGAAUCUUUUUUGUAACAGAGACAUAAUUAAGCUUGGAACAGGAAUUAAAAAUUUCGUUUUGGCCCUUUUUUCGUGACUAGGUGGCUCACCGUACCCUGGUGUACCUUUGGAAAACCUUUUUGAGCUUCUGAAGUCUGGACACAGAAUGGAGAAACCUUUGAAUUGUCCUGACAACAUGUGAGUGGCUAAGGAUAUUUUUUUUGGAAAUAUUUAAAUUUAGCCUCAGACAACGCACUUUUGUUGUUCAAUCAGUGAUACUUUACUGCUAGAAUGACUUGAGUGCUAUUCCGCACUUAACAGCCCGAUCUUUAUGAGAUAUAACAUGCCUUUGGUCUCUCCGUUUCUCUUAGAUAUGAAAUUAUGUUUAAAUGUUGGAAAGAUUUGCCGCUGCACAGACCAAACUUUCAAGAAUUAGUCCAAGAGUUUGACGCUAUGUUGGUGUCCCUGUCGGACAAGGUUAGUGUCGUUUUUCUUGAUCAUCACUUGAUGGGCAGUGUUUCUUUGUUUUUUUUUUCACACUCUUUCUAUUCUAUUGCUUGUCAAAAUUUGUUAUUAAUUACAAACAUCAUCUGCACUAUCUUUAAUUUCCUUUGACUGAGUUGAGGGAAUAACCUCAAAAUAUCAAGAAGAAAGGGUGCACGUUCAUAUCAUAGUUGUUUAACCUUUUAACCCAACGAGUGAUUGGCAUUUAAUUUCUUCUUACCAUAUCAUUCCUGAAUCAAACAUUAAGGUCACGAGAAUAAAGGAAGUGAUCGCCAACUUAAGAAACUCUUGAUUAUUAGACAAAUUCUCCUUGUCAGCACCUUAGGAAAUGUUUAGAAAACAGUAUGGAGAAUAUGUAUACUGAUGUUAGGGUGUAUAGGGUUUAAUGAAAGGCUUUGAAUUGUGGACAGCGAUUCUCCUUACUCCUUGUCCAUUCUUCUUUUAUUCUGUUGCUUUCUAGAAUUUGAUAAUACUUAUUAACGUCGUCUGCACGAUCUCUAGCUAAGGCAAAGGGAAUUCCCUAGUGUAAUAGGAAGGGGUACAUAAGUAACUCGAAAUUGUUUAAUUAGAUGAAAUUAACCCAUUCUUUUUUAAAUACUUUCCAGGAAUAUCUUGACUUAGAUGCAGUUUUAAUGAGUCCUUUGGAACCUCAAACUCCCACGUCAUCAGAACCAAAUUCAACUCCGCGAAAUUCGUUAGGAACUGAUCAUUACACGGAUAAUGAUGACAGGGACACUGACAAUGUAUUCGUUGACAAUCCCAGUGAUGUAUGGGAAUCCAGACAAAAUACACCUACGGCUCUAAGAAGAGAUUCAGAAAGCAUGGACACCAGAAAAAUGAAUAGCGUCGAACAGCUGGACAAAAAAUUUGCGGUACAGGAACGAGCCGGAGAUGCCGACGAGGACAAAAAACAAACACGCGUCGUUGCGUCUCGCUUACCAAUACAAAGUGAUGUGUAAUCAGGAGCAUUUAUACGUAACGCGCGUUACAUCAGUCUAUGGUGGAGCCAAAGAUCUCGCAUGAGUUUAAGUCACGCACACAAUACGGUUAUUGAGCCACCUGAUCCUGAUCGAUGGCUCAUGGGUGUUAUGGAAGGGAGUCAGGAUUUUUACUACGAAUGACUAAUGACUCAAAGAAUAGCCACAGAGAUGUAUUCAAAUUGCAGUAUACACUACAUGAAAAUAUCAUGAGAAUUCAGAAAACUACGCUAAUGAAUGAGGUUCCUAAACAACACAAACGCAAAUUAUAAAACGGGUUUUCUUUUAACUCGGGAAAGCUCAAUAGAGGUUUUUUAUGCUAUGUUGGUUAACUUUACAGACAUGAAGCCUGCACUAGGCAAAGUAGUGUAAAGCUGGAUACAUGACACACAGGUUUCUUUUGCACCAUCUAAGCAAACAUUAAACUUUGGUGUUGAUUUUAUGUCUCACAUUUGAACACAACUCAAAAUUAAAGGAAGCCAGAGAUAGAUAACUCAUAGCGAAUUAUUAAAUAGAAAGUUUUAUUAUUAAAAGGAAGAUUUUGUCUUU